AUGGGAGGUUAUGUGAUCAGCUCAAAAAAAGUAGUGGAAAAAAGAAGGAGGGGGAGAUUGUUAAUUCGUUACUUUAAUACACGCGACACGUGAUUUGUAAUCUCGCUUUCUGAUCAUUAAUUUCCUCCGCCUCAAAAUCGUCCGGCCGUCGGACACGCUUUUAUCUGGAAUAUCUUACGUAAUCUCGGAAGAUUGUGCGCUCAAUUUGAUCUUGCACGUCACUUUGCUCACCUUGCGAGCACGUUUUCCUCUCAAGGUAUCUGUAUUUGUAUCAGUGACUGAAGUGGCAACGUGUUUCAGUGUUCUAGGCUGUUCAAACGCAAUUCUGCAUCAUGUCGAAGAAGAUCAUCUGCUUGUUUGACGUCGAUGGCACACUCACCGAACCACGACAGCCAAUUAGUCCCAGCAUGGAGAAGUAUCUUCUGGAAACCGUGAAGAAGGAGUUUGACAUCGCGGUAGUCGGGGGAUCCGAUCUGUGCAAAAUUAAAGAGCAGCUGGGUGGUGGGAGCGUGUUUGAAAAGUACAAGUACGUUUUUGCAGAGAAUGGCCUUAUCGCUUUUAAGAAUGGUAAAGCCUUGCCAUCGCAAUCGAUUCAGGAUAUGCUCGGGGAGGAUGCGCUGCAGGACUUUCUGAAUUUCGUGUUACACUAUAUAUCUGAACUGAAGCUGCCAUUCAAGCGUGGGACUUUUGUAGAAUUCCGCACUGGUAUGUUGAACGUCUCACCGGUGGGGCGAAAUUGCACCAAGAAGGAGCGCGAACUAUUCAACGAGUAUGACAAUGAAAACCAUAUCCGUAAGAAAUUUAUACAGGCCCUCAAGAAGGAAUUUCCCGACUUGGCGUUGACUUACAGUAUCGGGGGACAGAUCUCGUUCGACGUCUUUCCCGUUGGUUGGGACAAGACGUAUUGCCUGCGUCAUAUCCAAGGCUACGACGAGAUCCACUUUUUCGGCGACAAAACGGCCGAAGGUGGUAACGAUCACGAGAUUUACGAGAGCGAUCUGACAAUAGGGCAUCGCGUCACCUGUUCGAAAGACACAAUUAACCAACUCAACGUCCUCCUGACGCUCGUGAAAGAAAACAGAGAGAAGGAACAGCUCAGUGUGCCGAUGCAGUGCGUCUGAUCGACUGUGUGUAGCCUAAACUCGAAGUGUGUUUUUCUAAGUCGAGAUGUAGAGCGGUACUUUUGCUAUACGGUGUACAAUGCACAUGCAGGAUUCGUUCCCUUCUUCUUAUA